AUGUGCCCCGGUGAAUCGGCUACUGAACAGGCGGCGCCAGUCCCUCCUGCCAUCGCUGAAGACGCCGUAGCUCAGAUUCCUGCUGAAUCUGACCUCGCAGUCGAUGACGAGAUCCAUGGCGAAGGAGACAACAGCAGUAUCAACACCUCGUCCACCGCGUCUCUUAUUGACUAUUGGGGUCCCAACGACGAGAAGCAGAAUGAUGCCCUUGAUUUCAACCACUACUGGAUGACCGACUUCUUGAAUGGGGAAUUGACAUUGGCACCCAUUGGCAAUACUCCUCAUUCGGCUCUUGAUAUUGGAACAGGUACUGGAAUCUGGGCGAUUGAUUUUGCUGAUAAGUACCCCUCUUCGGAUGUCAUCGGUGUUGACAUAUCCCCCAUUCAGCCUGCAUGGGUGCCUUCCAACUGCAGGUUUCAGAUCGAUGAUUUUGAGAAAGAAUGGACAUGGCCGGUUGACUACUUUGGCCUAAUCCACGGCCGCAAUCUUGAAGCGUGCAUUUCAGAUGUCCCCAGGUUCUUUGAGCAAGCCUUUGCACACACGCGGCCCAAUGGCUGGAUCGAGAUCAAAGAAAUCGACACAGAGUUACGAUCACAGUCAAAGGAGCUGACGGAUGACCAUAUCUAUCGGAGAUGGUACACGAACCUCGUUGCUGCUGCUACUCGACUUGGUAAAGAAGCCGAGGCUGCACGAAAUGGGUGCAUUACCCGAGGCAUGGCCCAAGCUGGAUACGUUGACAUUGUCGAAAAGAAAUGGAAGAUCCCCAUUGGCGGUUGGAGCGCCGACCCUAAGCUAAAGCACAUUGGGCAGUGUACGCUUGAAUUCAUUGACCAAUCCAUGGAAGGCUUUGGACUAUUCCUUCUCAAAGAAGUCAUGGGGUUCACAUACGAAGAGGUUGUCGUGAUAAUGAGCGAGGUGAGGGCCGCUUUGAGGGACCGUACAAACCAGACUUAUUAUUACUUGCAUAUUAUCUACGCCCGAAAGCCUGGAUCACCGGGGCAAGACAGCUCAGACUCGGCUGUAGCGGCGUAG